AUGGCGGAGACGAAGAUGACGUUGAAGCUCCUCGUCGACAAAUCUUCCGACCAAGUGCUAUUCGCAGAAGCAGGAAAGGACGUUGUCGAUUUCUUGCUCGGCCUGCUAAAUCUACCGCUAUCCGCCGUCAUAAAGCUCGUAACCGAGCAGGACACCAUGGUCGGCUCCAUCGCCAACCUGUACCAGACCGUACACACUUUAGAAGAGUCCUACUACCAAUCUUCUCAUUCAAAAUCCGCCAUCCUAAAAGUAGCAAACUCCCAUCCUCCCUCCAUCUCUUCCAAAGGCCUUCUUCUCAUCGGAAACUCGGCAGUUGGCACCGAGGGCUACGUGAAGGGCGUGGUGACGUACACGAUCACGGACGACCUCAUUGUGACGCCCAUGUCUUCCAUAUCUAGCAUUACGAUACUCAACAGGUUGCACGUCAAGAAUCUUGCUGCUCUGCAAGAGCAAACUGUGACGCUCGGUCUUGAACAGGGCCUUAAGCUGCUGAAGGCGUCUCUCCAGUCAAAGACUGUGCUGACGGACGUGUUCUUGAGCCAGCAAGAAGUAGCAAGAUGCUCAUGA